AUGGCCCUGUGGCUGUCGGACGCUGUGAUGCGUUUCAGACUGCCAAUACUGCUUUUUUAUUUAUUUAUUUAUUUUCACUUACAUGGGGGUCGGUGUGGGUGCCAGCCUUGCGGUGUGCUUCCAGAAGACAAGUGUUCAUGGCCUUCUGGUAGUCCAGGGAGAAAGACAUUCCAUCCAGACCACCUCUCCAAUCCUCCCUACUUGGUUUCUGCAGCAUACAGCACCUCAGACUCGAUUGAAACAUCAAGACGGCACACAACAGCGAGCAGUGCAAAAGUCACGACGCUUUUUACUCCCGCCUCGACAAGCCUCCUCACCAUAGCUCCUGAAAAUGUCAUGGAUGUGACGGUGCUGGAGCAAAAUCAAACCAGCAUAACACUUAAGUGGGAUAAGGUGAACAAUAUCUCCACAUACUUCCUAUUAUAUGACCUCAAUGGUAGUGCGAAGGAGGAGAAAGUGGAUCCUUCCCCGUAUCAGACGUAUGUCACGCAUGUGGUCGCUGGUCUGUCUGCUGGGAGCAAAUAUCAUUUCCGGAUCAUCACUCUGUUCAUGGGAGCAAACAGCACCGGAUACGUAUUUUCUGCUUCCACUGCACCUCUGAAUGCCAAAGGCUUCAAAUCCAUACAAAGAAAUACCACCAGUAUAACUCUGCAGUGGGAAAAAGUGGAUAAAGUCAGCUACGCUCUUGUUUUCGGUGACACCAAGGAAGAUGUCGCUGCAACUGAAGAACAGGAAGUUACACACACGAUGACAGGACUCACAAGUGGGACUGAAUACGUUUUUACACUUUUCACUGUGUUUGAAAUGGUCCACAGUAGCGGCAACAACCUUACUGCCGUCACAGCCCCUAAAAAUGUUGAAAAAGUGCACGUGAUAACCCAAACUGUGAGCAGCAUUACGCUGUCGUGGAACAAGGUUGGCGACAGCUCAACAUACAUCCUACAAUAUGGCAACCACAGCAUUCCCAUCGAGGUCAAAAGCUCUGCAUUCAAUCCUAAAGCCACGCUCACACAAGAGGUCCCUUCACUUGCUCCUGGGACAAAAUACGACUUUACUCUCAUCACCGUGUUUCAGAACAUCACCAGCACUGGGUUCGUGUUUGAUGCAGUGACGGUUCCCUCAAUGGUGGCUGUGGUCAACGUGUCCGAGCGCUCUGAGACCAGCGCGACUCUGGUGUGGGACACGGUGGAUCCAAACUGGAGCUACUUGCUUCACAUCGAUGGAGAAAACGUCACAUUGGCGCCGAACGGGUCGUCAAAUGUGUCCCGGUCGUUAACACUACAACCGGGAAUGGAGUAUCCAUUCACUGUGAUCACUUUGUUUUCUGGACUGGCUAGCACCGCUUAUAAAGGCUUCUUUGUAACAGCCAUAAACUGUGCCAAUGUGACUUGGCAUGUCACCACACGCUCAAUCCAAGGGACGGUUGAGGGAUUAUUCACAAGUGCAACGGCCUCUAAUGGAUCUUCUGCUCAUGUGAGUCCAAAAGGUCAAAAUGUGUCAUUUUCCAGCCUUUACCCGGGCGCAACCUACAACGUGUCGCUCGAGUACCGAAGGGAUUCCGCUCACUUUCUGCAAUGUCAGCUCAAACUGACAACUAUACCGCCGGAUUUAACUGCUCACUGUGAGUACUGGGAGUCAGGCUACUCUGUCUUUAUCGUCUGGGAUACGCCAGAAGGUUUAUGGACUGCUGUGGAGGUGAAUGUUAGCGGACAAACGCACACAGUGGAGGAUACGGAGCAACGGCACACCACAAUCGGUGGAUUUCAACCUGCGAGAACAUAUCCGGUGUCUUUAUCGUCACUGUCGGGGACCGUGAGGAGGUCCAAACCGUACGUCUUUCAAUGUUCGACUGACCCUCUUGGCGUCAUUGCAGGGUCAGUCCUCGCUGUCCUGCUUUUUGGUGCCCUGGUGGGUUUGCUAAUAUUUAUUUUAACAAAAAGACAAGCUAUCAUCAGAAAGAAAAAGUCAUUAGUUGAAAGGAGCACAGUUUCAACUGAAGAAAUCAGAGAUAGUUCUCUUGUGGAUUUUGCUGGCCACUUCUCCAAAUUAAGUAUGGAUAAUAACCGAGGUUUCACCAAGGAAUACGAGGGCCUUGCUAUUGUUGGCAUUCAGCACACUCAGAAUGCUGCUCUGAUGCCUGAGAACAUGGAGAAGAAUCGCUUCACCAACGUCCUGCCGUAUGACUGGAGCAGAGUGAAGCUACACACCACAAAUGGGAACUCGGACUACAUUAAUGCCUCAUACAUACCGGGUUACAACAACAGCCGCGAGUACAUCGCCACUCAGGGUCCUCUGCCUGCCACGGUCAGCGACUUCUGGAGAAUGAUCUGGGAGCAGAAAGUGAACGCCAUCGUCAUGGUAACCAACUGCACAGAAGGAAGACGGAUUAAGUGCGAACAAUAUUGGCCCGCACAUGGAGAUACUUGUCUUCACAAUGGCCUGACGAUCACCACUGCAUCUGAGCAGGAAGACACGAACUGGACAUUAAGGGAAUUCCGAGUGAAAUGCAAAAACAGCUCAGCAGAGAGGACAGUGAAACAUUUCCACUUCACUGCCUGGCCGGACCAUGGAGUCCCUCAUUGUACGGACGUCCUGAUACAGUUCAGGGGACUCAUUAGACAGCACAUGGAUCCAAACGGGAACAGAGACCCAACUGUGGUGCACUGCAGUGCGGGAGUGGGCAGGACGGGCACCAUUAUAGCCUUAGAUGUUCUGCUUCAGCAGCUGCUGGACAGCAAAGUUGACAUCAACGCCUUCGUGCACGACAUGAGACUGCGGCGGCCCCACAUGGUGCAGACUGAGUCCCAGUACGUUUUUCUGCACCAGUGUAUCAUGGACUGUCUGCAGUCUCAAGAGGAGAUUGACGAAAGCAUAUACCAGAAUGCGGAGAUAAUUUAUGCUAAUGCAACAGCACUACGACAGUGUAACAAAACGGCAAUCUGAAUCAUAAGGGCACAGACGAGGAGUUGGAAUCGCUUGUUCUAGCUAGCUAGCUUGUUCUUUAUUAAAACAGAACUAACUCAUGCACAUUGCUGAAUUUUAUCAGUGGGAGUUGUAGUGUUAACAAAACUAAAAAAAAUAAAUGUUUUCCCUUAUCCUGUAAGAAAACUAGUUUAACUCAUGAUUUGUUUUUAAAUAAUAUAAAAGGAUAUAAUGUGUAUAUCCACUGUGCAAUUGACUAGAUUUUCUUUGAUGUAAUUGUUUCUAUGUUUGUUUAGGAAUAACACUCCAGACGACCAAAGACUUGUUUAAAAAAAUAUUCUAUUGACAAUAAUAGAAACUUUGGGAAACAAACAAAACAAAAAAAGAUGAAAUGUAUUUUAGGAUAGAUCAUAAUGAUAUACCAAAGCGCUUGGUUGAUCUGGCUUGCAUCAACCUGAGUUCCAAUGCAAUAAUUUCAUCUUUAUGAUAAUGAGAUGUAUUUUCAAAAAAAUUGGAUUUUGAUAUACCUAAUGAAUUGUCCGGUGAGUGUACGGCUAUGCCGGAAAUCCUUUUGGUGUCACAUGAACGAAGAAACGUCCUACUUCCUGUGUGGGGAAAAAAAACAAACAUUGUCACUUUCAUUCUGGUUCCUCUUGAAUAGGAAUAACGGUGAAGUGAUAAUCGAUGAGUUCCUGUCUGGCUUUGAGGGCGUUCGGGCAGAUCUCCGCCGAGCCCGUGCGCGGGUUGCUCGGCUGGGUGUCGACAAACAUCUCCUCCCCGUAUGGCAGGGAGACCGAGAACUUCUUGGCUAUGUUGUGCAAGACGCAGCAGGCCUUUAUGACGUUGGUCAGCUUGUGCUGCGCGAAGCCGAGAUGAGUCAAGCAUCUGAAACGCCAUUUCAGGGAGCGCAGCGUGUGCCGCGUCACCUCGUGGAUCUUUGCGUGGGCCGCGUUGAAGUUCCUCUGCGCUUCGUCUUUGGGUUCGGACACGGGGGUCAGGACACGUUUGCUUAAGUCGUAGCCUUCCCCUCCUGUAAACAAAAUAACUGCAAUCAAUUGGACAUCCCCGUGCAAAAGUCUAUUUUACAAUUCAGGGCUACUUUUAUUGACAUCUAACAAAAAGCAGAACUAAAUACUGAUACCAUGUACUGAAAAGAAAACAUUUUCACAAAGCAAAACUAUGGGUGAACAGCUUCCAGUUGUUUCUCAAACGUUUUACUUCAAGUACCACCUUAAAAAUAAAAAAAGUAUGCUUUCUCCCCUGGGCCACCAUCAUGAACAUUGUUAAAAAGCAGUAGCGUAGUAGGCCUAAGUAUUCAUCCAAAACGUAUUUAAUAUUACUGUAAGCCACUGUAACAUUACACACAAUUUCUAACAUUGCGCUUAAAUUGAUGAAAACAAGCCUGUACUUAAAAUGAUUCAAUUGUAAAUAUAUUGCACUUCACAUUAGAGAGAGCCCACAUGAAUCGCACUGAGAAUCAGUCGCUCCUGUUCUAUACACUACAGUGGCACCUUUAACUUAACCACAAGAGUGCCUAGACUUAAAACUAAUAGCUCCUCCCCCACUGGCACCAGGAUGGUGCCAAAGCACUACUUUUAUGCCAGACAGCUUUGGACUAAGCACAGCAGCAAACAACUUUUUGUUUUGAAAAAUAAAUUUACAGUCAUGUCAAAUGUGACUUUUUUUUAGUAUAUCAUGCGGGCCGCUGAAAAAUGGACAAGUGGGUCGCAAAUGGCUCCUGGGCCAUAGUUUGGACACCGUUGUUAUAUAAAAAAAAAUUGCAACUCAUUGAUGUACCCAACCACCCCAAAAAAGUUUAUAAUUGUGUAUAAGUUCCAUAUGAUGGCACCAAAACACUACUACGAACCUCCUCCCCCUAACUUCAACAGAGUUCCUUGGUACAAGAUGGUGCCAAAGCACUACUUUUCUUGUAGACAGGGCUUUGGUCCGGGGACAAAAACAGCCAAUAACUUUUUUUCCCCCAGCUUGAAAGCUUUAAUAAAGUGUCAAACGUGUCACUUUCUCUGGCCACUGGUGUGACUUCGACUCUCCAGCAGGAGGCAGUACUGUACGUCCUUACCUAUCACCCAGUAUUGUCCGUAGAGUUGUUCUUCAAUCUCUCGCCCUCUGAACGACG